AUGCCAAAGAACAUCCGCGUGCCUUUCCUCUCGGUCUGUCUCCCUUCCUCGUUGACUCGUGGUUUCCUGCCAAAUCUUUUUGAUCUGUUGGUUGCUAGAAAACUAUGGUGGUCAUUCAUAUUCUUACAAAUCCGAUUAACUUUGAGUUUUGUUAUUCCUGAUUUGCUGGCAUCCCUAGUCGCUGCCAGAGUUGGAAGGGCUUUCACUUCUAGUUUUCGCUCAUCUUACAUCGCGUUUGUGAUUUGGAUUUGGAUUGGGCAUCAUCUUUUGAUACCAUUUGUAACAGUUGUUCUACAAGGUUUCAUGAAGCAAUCAAAAGAUCCUUUUGAAGUAGCAUUUGAGGAAUUAGAUGAAUCCCUGGCUGAUUCCCCUGACACUCAUGAUGAGAUUGUGGCUCAAACUCUAUCAUCAAAACCAAAUAUCAACUCCUAA